AUGGCGGUGCAACAAGGACGGUACUUUACUCGAAUGCGAAGGACUGCGAGUCAAAACAAUCUUGAGGAAUUCGAUCCUGAGCCUGAAUGUACUUUUAAUCGGUGCAGGAGAGAUUUGAAUUUAUUGCAGAACCCACAGGCUGUAGCACAGUUACCUGUGGUCAUGGCUAAUAAUCAACCAGCGAAAGUGAGAGAGGUUGUAGUGCCUCGUGUGGCGGAUGUCACUUCAAGCAUUGUCAAGCCCACCAUCGAAGGGCAAUUUGAGCUGAAGCAUCCUAUGAUUCAUCUACUUCACUCUAGUAGGCAAUUCACGGGAAUUUCGCACGAGGAUCCUCAGCGUCACAUCCAUACUUUUCUGCAGAUUGUCGAUACUUUUGCUACUGGAAGGGUCACUAAAGAAUAUGUGCGGCUGACACUGUUCCCCUUCUCUCUAUUGGGGAAUGCAAGUAACUGGUUUUUAGCAGAGCCCACCAAUUCGAUCACUACGUGGGAUGACUUGGCGACGAAAUUCUUGACAAGGUUCUUUCCACCAGCAAAGACAGCUCGCCUCCGAAGGGAGAUCAUGUCAUUCAUGCACAAAAAUGGAGAAAAUUUGUAUCAAGCCUGGGAGAGGUUUAAGGGUCUUCUCAGAGAUUGUCCUCACCACCAUCAGACGAAUGAAGUUCUGGCACACACAUUUAUUGAGAUUCUGGAUGCCCAACAUAAGUCAUCACUAAACACUGCUGCAGGAGGGCAGGCUCUUGAUCUAAGCUAUGAAGAACUAUUCACACUAUUGAAAUGGUUUACUCAGAGCACUCCAGACUGGCAGGAUGAGGCGACUAGCAGUUCAGUUAGGAAGGCACCGGGUAUCUUUGAAGUAGAUAAUUUUACAACACUAUCAGCACAGAUUGAUGCCAUGCGCACUGAAAUCAAGAAGUUAACUGCUGCGCAAGCUCCACCACAGGUGCAUGCAGUGCACAAGCCAUUGUUAUUUUGUGAAGUCUGUGGAGAAGGUCACAACAGUGAUGAAUGCCCUGCUAAUCCCGCAUCCAUAUACUUUGUGGGUAAUGCAAGCAAGGGUCAAGGAAACAACAAUCAAUACAAGAAUUCCUACAACCCAAAUUGGAGGAAUCACCCGAAUAUUAGGUGGAGUGACAACCCAGAGAGGCAAAUGGGACAUAUAGCUGGUGCAAAAAAUACUAGACCACCUGGAGGACUUCCAAGUGAUACGGAUAUGAAUCCCAAGCCUUGUAAUGCUGUGACUCUUCGAAAUGGGAGAAAACUAGAGGAAGUGGCUCCGAAGAAAACCAGUCGAGUAGAAGCUGAAUAA